AUGUCUAGUGCCGAUUCACAGACACUAAACGAGAUCUGGGAGACGACAUGUGCGGCAUACACGGGUGCACUUACUGAGGAGUACGAACGUGUCAUAGAGCACCUCCAGGUUCUUCAGAACCACAUUACAGUGGCGCUAAAAGCCAAGUACAGCGCAGGAGAACCUCUGCCCACAGAGGCAGAGAUCUUAGCCAUGUUCCGCUCGUCUGGAACCCUUCCCGUAAAGUAA